CGUCACGUCGCCAGAGGGCGCGCUCUUCCGGACUGGGAGCGCCCAAGCAUGGCGGCCGCGGGCGCUGCUUUAGAACGUCUGGUGACGGCCCUGUACGAUGUGCAGGCUUUCAAGUUUGGGAACUUCGUGCUGAAGAGCGGGCUCUCCUCCCCAGUUUACAUCGAUCUGCGGGGCAUCAUAUCUCAACCGCGUCUUCUCAGUCAGGUUGCAGAUAUUUUAUUCCAAACAGCCCAAAAUGAAGGGAUCAGUUUUGACACUGUAUGUGGAGUACCUUACACAGCUUUGCCACUGGCUACAGUUAUCUGCUCGACCCAUCAAAUCCCAAUGCUUAUUAGAAGGAAAGAAACAAAGGAUUAUGGUACUAAGCGCCUUGUAGAAGGAGCUCUUAAUCCUGGAGAAACCUGUCUAGUCAUUGAAGAUGUGGUCACCAGUGGAGCUAGUGUUCUGGAAACCGUUGAGGCUCUGCAGAAGGAGGGCCUGAAGGUCACUGAUGCCAUAGUGCUCCUGGACCGGGAGCAGGGUGGCAGGGACAAGUUGCAGGCCCAUGGGAUCCGCCUCCACUCAGUAUGUACAUUGUCCACAAUGCUGGAGAUUCUCAGGCAGCAGCAAAAAAUUGAUGCUGAGACGGUCGGGAGAGUGAAUCGAUUCAUUCAGGAGAAUGUCUUUAUGGCCACUCAUCAGAAUGGCUCUCUCCUUACUGUAAAGAAAGCACCUGAAGAACUCAGCUUUGCUGCACGUGCAGAGCUGCCUGGGAUCCACCCGGUUGCAUCAAAGCUUCUCAGGCUUAUGCAGAAGAAGGAGACCAACCUGUGUCUAUCUGCUGAUGUUUCAGAGGCCAGGGAGCUGUUACAGCUAGCAGAUGCCUUGGGGCCCAGCAUCUGCAUGCUCAAGACUCAUGUAGACAUUUUGGAUGAUUUUACUCUGGAUGUGAUGAAGGAGUUGACAGCUCUGUCAAGACAGCAUGAGUUCUUAAUAUUUGAAGACCGGAAAUUUGCAGAUAUAGGAAACACAGUAAAAAAGCAGUAUGAAGGUGGUGUCUUUAAAAUAGCGUCCUGGGCAGAUGUAGUAAAUGCCCAUGUAGUGCCAGGCUCAGGAGUUGUGAAGGGCCUGCAGGAAGUGGGUCUACCUCUGCACCGGGGCUGCCUGCUCAUUGCGGAAAUGAGCUCUGCUGGCUCCCUGGCCACGGGGGACUACACUAGCGCUGCGGUUAGAAUGGCUGAGCACCAUUGUGAAUUUGUGAUUGGUUUUAUUUCUGGCUCCCGAGUAAGCAUGAAACCAGAAUUUCUUCACUUGACUCCAGGAGUUCAGCUGGAAGCAGGAGGGGAUCACCUUGGUCAACAGUACAACAGUCCCCAAGAAGUAAUUGGCAGAGGAGGUUCUGACAUCAUCAUUGUGGGCCGAGGCAUACUGUCCACACCCAAUCGCCUGCAGGCAGCGGAAAUGUACAGAAAAGCUGCUUGGGAAGCAUAUUUGAGUAGACUUGCUGUUUGAGUGCCUCACAUACAUUUCUGUGAAGAUACUGAAGAUAUGUGGGCUCCUGAAAAUCACUGGCUUGAAAUGAGCUUUUCAAGCUUGAUAUUUUUUUUAGACUGGUGGUGGUAGGUACAACUGAGGAAGCCCCUGUCUCUAGCUGGGGCUAUUCUAUAUGGAGCUGGGGAUUAAGCCCUAGGUCUCUGCCAUAUCCCCAGCCUUCUUGUCUAUUUUGAGACAGGGUCUCACUAAGUUGCCUGAGCUGGACUCAAACUUGUGAUCCUCCAGCCUUGGAUUCCCAGAGUGCUGGGAUUACUACUGUGCACCACCACACCCAGGUUAUUCUGUUAGUGGUUCUGAGACAAAUUUUUCGAA